AAGAGGACAUUAAAGGCUGUAAAGAUGCGUGGGAUCUUUGCUAGUUGUGCACUUUCUGCACUGCUGCUGGCUGCAGCCUGGGCAGACCACCACCAUCACCACCACAACCACGAUGGUGCUGGUCACAACGAUCAUGCUGCUGGUCACAGCCACGAGGGAGACAUGAGCUGCCAUAAGCUGUCUCCUCCCAAUGCUGACUUCGGCUUUGCCCUCUACAAAAGCCUGAGUACCAACGUUGCUGCUGGAAAGAACAUCUUCUUCUCACCGCUGGGCAUCUCCACCGCCCUGUCCAUGCUGUCUACGGGGGCCAAGGGUGAAACCCACCGCCAGAUGUUCUCCAGCUUGGGCUACAGUGCUUUCAACCAGACUGAGGUCAACGAAGCAUACAAGCAUCUUUUUCUCAUGGUAGAAGGCAGCCAGGAGGAUCAGCAACUGGAUGUGGGUAACGCUGUGGCCCUGCGCUCUGGCUUCAGUCCUCUGGAGAUGUUCCUGAAGGAUGUCAAGCAAUACUACUCUGCUCAUGUCUUCAACGUCGACUUUACCAAACCUGUGGAGGCUGCAGCUGAGAUCAAUGCAUACAUUGCUGGUAAAACCCAGGACAAGAUCAAAGAUUUGGUGAAGGACCUGGAUGCUGAAAUGGCCAUGGUGCUGAUCAACUAUGUCUACUUCAAAGGACGAUGGGUGAAACCCUUCGAUGGCAACCAGACACAAAAGGCCGACUUCAAUGUGGACGAAACCACCAAGGUGCAGGUGGACAUGAUGAAGAGGACCGGUCGCUACGACUUCUAUCAGGACGUUGACAACCAUACCACCGUCAUCCUGCUGCCCUACCAUGGUAACACCUCCAUGAUGAUUGUCCUGCCCGACCAAGGCAAGAUGGAGGAGGUGGAGGGCUACAUCUGCAAGGACCACAUCAGGCACUGGCAUGACUCAGUUUUCAGGAGUUCUGUGGAUCUGUUCCUGCCAAAGUUCUCAAUCUCCGCUGAUGCCACCCUGGACAGCACACUGAAAGAAAUGGGCAUGGUCGACGCUUUCACAGACAACGCUGAUUUCUCUGGCAUCUCCGACGAGGUCAAGCUCAAAGUCUCAAAGGUGUCCCACAAAGCCAUGCUGAGCGUGGAUGAAACAGGAACAGAGGCAGUGGGCGCCACCACCAUCGAGGUCAUGCCCAUGAGCAUGCCUGAAGUAAUGAAACUCGACAGACCCUUCAUGGUCUUCAUCCUGGAGCACUCGACCAAGACCAUCCUCUUUAUGGGCAAGAUCAACAACCCCACAGCCAUGUAAAGAUGCUAGGGACAUGAGUGUUACAUUUGUAAUAUUGUCACACUGUAGUAGGUUUUAAUAACUACAGGACAUAAAGCUCAUUUUGACCUCAGUAUCUGAAAGCAGUGUAGAGAUGUCACAGUGAUAUUAAGAGCAUUGGGAAUGAUGAAUGGAGGGUAGUUCGAUGAAUAGGACAACAGAUCUAUCAAGUAACCGAAAUGUCAAGUCUAUCAAUCUGCUUGCAGUCUGUCAGUGUGACUCAUUUAUUACCGUCUGUCAUCGGAACUCGGCUAGGUGUAUAAAUGUCUAAAUACAUCAUUAUGUAUUGUAUCCAGCCGGCUGUUGCGUUUAUGAUAAAGAUUAAAAAAACAACAUAAGUAGAUAUAUUGCUUGAAGCAUCUGCUUACACACUGAGCCAAUGUGUUAUUGCUGUUUCAACAUGGUGAAGUGAAGGGAAAUAAAGACUUUUCAUGAACAA